ACCCUUCACUCUCACCUCUUUCGAAUUUAUAUUUCGCUCGAUCCGUUUUAUAUAUAAAUUUUCAAUUUCUCAAAUUUCCCUAAUUUUCCCUCCAUUUCCGUUGACCCUUUUUCUUGGAAACUCUUAAAAACCUCUCGGAAAGUUAAAUUCAUUGUUGGGGUUUUCGUUUUUGUGUUGCUUGCGCUUCAGAUUCUGGCUUUGUUUCUUUGGGUUUCAGCCGAAAAUUUGUUGUUUUUUUACCCAUUGGAAUUCUUGGAUGACUGGUGUGGAGAGUACAAGAGAUACGAAAAAGGGCGAAGAAAGGCGUAGCUCGUUGUCGGGAAGACCAAAAGCUGAUGAUUUCGGGAGGUCGGUUUCGAAGAUUGCGGUGGCACAGAUUUGUGAGAGCGUCGGUUAUCAGGGAUGUAAAGAGUCCGCUUUGGAGGCUCUUGCCGAUAUCUCGAUUCGAUAUCUCUGUGACUUAGGGAAAAAUGCUAGUUUUCAUGCUAAUUUAGCUGGUAGGACUGAAUGCAAUGUGUUUGAUAUAACUCGAGCUUUAGAAGAUUUGGGGGAUUCACAUGGGUUUCCAGGUGCUUCAGAGGUUGGGAGUUGUCUUGUAGGCUCUGGUACGGUUAGGGAAAUAGUUCAGUUUGUGGAUACAAAAGAGGAAAUCCCAUUUGCUCAGCCGGUGCCUAAGUUUCCGGUUGUUAGGAACCAGAAACUGAUUCCGAGUUUCGAGCAUAUGAAAGAAACCCCUUCUGGGAAGCAUACCCCGAGUUGGUUGCCGGCUUUCCCUGAUCCCCACACUUAUAAUCAUACACCUAUGUGGAAUGAGAGGGGAUCGGAUCCUUGUGCUGAUAAGAUUGAGCAAGCAAGGCAGCGGAGAAAGGCUGAGAGGGCUUUGCUGAGGUUGCAACAGAGACUGGUGUGUAACGGUUCUACUGGAACCUCAUCUUCCACGGUUUUGGAUGCUAAAACGGAAAAUAUACAAGAAUCUAGAAGUAGCCCUUUUCUUGCUGUCCCGCUGCAACCUGGGGAGAAAGAUGUUUCAGAGGUUGUUUUGCCAGCUAAGCUUUCCAAUGAACCAAUCAAGGAUGAUCAUGUUACUUUACUAGAGGCAUAUGCCCCCGCCAUUGAAGCAAUGAAAACCGGUCCAUCUAAUGGAUUAGAUAGCGAAAAGAUGUUCCUGCCUGAGAAAAGGCCUGCUGUUCAAUUCAAAUUCAAAACCGGCAAGAAAGUCUUGGGUGAGUUGCUAGAUUUGAGCUUGCAGAAGAAGGGUGAGAGGAGCUCGACAUUCUUUUUACGUGAUGAGGAGCGGGAUGAUAAGAAGAGGAGAGCCGAGUUCAUUCUUAGACAAACUACGGAAUAUCCGAUGGAACUUAACCAGUCUUAAAAAGUGUAUGUUAGGUAGUUCUUUAUAGAAAUCUCAUAUUUUUUGGUAACUGAUCGAUUUAACGGGAUGUUGAUGCUUUAUCCUUGGAUCAUGCUAACUAUUGUUCUAGCAUGGAUUAUAAUCACACCGUUGGGAGACUCACUCUAACAGAUAUUCGAGGUAUGAGAACUAGUUUCAAUUAAUUCUUUGGUAAUGAGGUUCCUAUUUCUUCACCAUUUGUGUUGUACUGAAUACUGAUACACUUACUUUUUACAUUGGUUUCAUGCACUGUAUUUUUUUUAACCAACAUGUAGUGAAUUGUAUUUGUUUA